AUGCCCCCAUAUUCCAGAGUAGGUAGGAAGACGCCAUUUGUCCGAACACGAUCAUUAUACUGUUUACCCAUACGAUUACUCGGCGCGACACUCGCGCGCAACGCUCGCGGCGUCAAACGCGCGCGCGCGGCGCGACACGACGCGCGAACGCAGUGCACACGCGUCAUGGAAGACGUUCCGCCCACGCAUGGUGACGAAGACUAUGAAUCCUCCGACAGCGAACCGCCGCUGAACGCUGAUGCAGCAGAAGAUGUUCAAAUUCAAAACGACGUCCAACUCGUCGGCGAACAGUACUCCACGGCGGGGCUGUCGGAAACGAUGGCGCUACUCAGCCGAUUUGUGCGCAUAGGCACUGGUUCUAAUAAGAAGUGCAAAUGCCGCUCGUGCGGCAUGGAGUGGACAGAGUGUAACGUGACGCGAAUCACGCGACACGUACUCACUGGAAACGCCAGAGGCCACAGAUUGAGUUGCCACAUCAAAACUUACAUGGAGAAGCGCGCUUUAGGAGAUCCGGGCAGCGCGUACGACGACGGAUUGCCAAUUCAGGAUGAUUUCGAGCCGAUGCGAGCGUUUGUGCGGCUGCGCGCGAAGUACAAGCAGCACGCCGCGCAAAUACCAGUCGCUGUGUUGAAUCUCUUGAAGAAACACAACCAGAUGGACGGCGACUCGCAAAAGACCGUGGAUGACUUUUUUAAGAAUAAGAACGAAUUAAGUUCUUUAAGAGCGACCAUGAACAAGGCGGUCGCGGAGUAUAUUUACACCGCAGGGCUUACGCUAGACUCGGUUGAGGGAUGCGCAUUGUCAACGCUUUUGGCUAAAAUUCGCCCUGAUUUGUUGCACAGGAGCGAAAUCGACGAGAUGGCGAAGCAAGGACACCUUCGCGAACGUGUAAACUGGCUGAAAAGCCGUCGAUGGAUGUCGGGGGAUGGAUUGGAAGAACUGUACGAAGACACCCAUUCUGCAGUGAUGCGCAUGAUGUCACGAGACCAACACAUUACACUUUCGCUGGACGGUUGGUCUAAGCGUAAAGUUACAGGCGUCGUGAACGUGUGCUUAUCAUCCAAACUUUUGAAUCAUGAAGUAGUUAUUGAUUCGAUUCCUGUCGAUGGGCGCAGCGAAGACACGCAAUUUCUCGUGGCUGUGGUGAAAAAAAAUGUGCAAACUUUCAAGUCAUACGAAGGCAACGUAAGCGCCGUCACUGGCGAUAAUGCUUCGGUCGUCGUUGCGGCAUUGAAGCAGGUGCAUGAUGAUCUACUUGUACACAAAAUUAUUACCCACGGGUGUGAUUGUCAUCGUUUGUCGCUCCUCGCUGAGGAUUUGUAUAAAGUUUUUAAACCAGUCAUUGAUGAAAUCAAUUCAAUGAUGAAAAAAAUAAGGCUGCGCCAGCAAUUGCGUCAGAAACUUGACGAGAUUCGCGAGAGACGAUCUUCAGCGAAGGACAAGAUAAGAGGACUAACCUAUAUGUCGUUCACACGCUGGGGGACCAUCCACAACGUUUGCUCCAGGAUUGCUGAAAAUCACAUCACUUUCGUCGAGCUUCUUCAUGCUGAAGACUGGCCAGAAACAGAGCGCAUGAUCAACUCGACGGUGGAGCGGGAACGGCCCGAUGCGGACGUGAACGCGCCUAGUGCGAACGAGCGUAUCGUGAGGUUCAUCAAAAAUACGUCAGAGUAUCCGAUUCGCGAUGCUGCUACUCAGCUUGGCGCACUAUUCAAACCAAUCGCUCUCGCAGUCCAGCAUCUUGAAUCGCGUAGUGCGGGACUCCAUGAAAUGCUCCCGGUUUACGACAGCAUCCUGCAAGAUACACACUCCUGGCUUGCUCGUCAACACGACAAAGUUUGGUAUAAGAAUAGCGCCCUUCUCAGUACUAAGGCGCGCGAUUCACUCGCAGAUUUGAAGGAUGCCGCUCUUGGCGUUUUCGAGGCGAGAGCGCAGGCAAAGGACAAGAAGAUCCCAAUUCUCACGGAUCUUCACCAUCUAGCGAGCGCGUUAAACGAAAGAGCGACGGGUUGCAUUCUAUCGUUGCGGGGCCCGAAAGUGAAGAUUGCGAACGAUGAAGCGGCCGCUUCCGCGGCGGUGCACAUCAUCCCUACCGAUGACAACACAUGGGGUAGUGAGCCGCUGCUGAAAAUAUCUGCUGCACUCACACAGUUCCGCGGCAUCGCAAAUGUAUCGGCACAACAAUUACGCGACGUAGAAAAUGCGAAGAAGGACUUUCUUGGCUUGCGUCGAGAUUGCCCAGAGGAUGAGGUUCGAGCCGCGGCGAAAAGAGCAAGCGCUUUUGGGCGGGAGACUGAGUGGGUCAUCGCCGUGCAAACUCUGAUGCGCGAGUCCAAGUGGACGACCAAGUAUUGGACAAACGAAGAAAGCUGGAUAUCCGAAAUAGCGCGUUUGGAGUGCGUUGAACAUAAACUACUCCGUCCCUUGGCACUGCGUGUCAACGCCGUUAUUCCACAUUCAGCAUCGGUGGAGCGAGCAAACUCAGCGAUGAAAAGGAUCGACACGGAUAUGCGCGCAAGCUUGAAACACGAUCGCGUACGCAAGCUUACGUUCAUCCUACACAAUCUGAAGAGGACGAAGCGCGAUCGAAACUGCGGUGCACGCGCUAUUCUGCGUCGCAACAUCCAAGUGGUUGAGAGAGCCGUGGGCUAUGAUUCUGAUGGCGACAACGACGCUGAAACGGACGUCGACGACUCGAUUCUGAGUGAACUUGACGAAGAGGACGCUGACGAACUUUUAAGGUCACCGCUGGAUAUCGCAAUCGAGGCCGAGGCAUCAGCGCCGCGCGUAGAGGAGCCAUGUGCGUCGCAGCCGUCCACAAUCGCGCUCGGGAUCUUGGACGAGAAUGUGCCUCCAGCGCCGCCGUCGACCGUGCAAACGACGAACCACGGUCCGCGUAAAAGGAAGAGUAAUUUCGACCGCGCUUUAGUUCGCGCGAACCGUUCGGUGCGGCGCUAA